AUGAUGCUCAACCAGCUUCGUUCCUACAGCGGCAGCCUUCCGGCUCGCCGCAAUAAUGCGAUCGUCCGACCGUCGACCGCUAUGGUGGCGCGGCAUGCGGAGGUGCCGGCGCGACCGCUGGCGCGCCGCGUUGCCAUUGCUGCGCCGGAGCGCGAGGCGGCUUCGUCACCCUUUGGAAACGUCGACAACAAUAAUGUCAGCCUAAACAUGGAUUACUCCGAGCUGUUGUCGCCGGUCACCACCUGCCCCCUGGGCUUUGUGGAGGCCAUCAUGCAUGGCAGCGCGUCGCAUGGGGAGACCGUCCAGGCCGCGCGCCCGGGCGAGUCGCUGCAGGCGAUCAUCCCACGGCUGUCUAAGUUCACCGGCCUGCCCGUGGUCGGCGCAAGCGGCAAGGUCGUGGGCGUGAUCUCGCGGAAAGACAUCAUCAAGGUCCGCCAGCAGGGCGGCUCCCUGCAGGAGCGCGUCAAGGCCCACAUGACGGCCCCCGCGAUCACCGUCACGCCGAGCACGCCGGUCGAGGAGGCGGGCGCGCUGAUGCUGCGGGAGCGCAUCCGGCGGCUGCCUGUGGUCGACGAGGAGGGGCGGCCGCUGGGCAUCGUGUCGCGCUCAGAUAUCUUUGCGCCGCUGAUGCAGGAGCGGUACCGCGCCUACCAGGACAAGGAGGUGGCUGCCGUGGUGACUGGCGCGGGGCUGACGAUGAGCUGGGACAUCAAAUACCUCUACGACGGGGAGUGCAGCAUGUGCCUCACACUCAAGGUGUGGGGGGAAAUGGGCGGCUGCGGGGGCUUGCCAGGGGGCGGUCGCGGCUGGUCGCGGCUGGUUGCGAGGGAGGGGCCGCGGGGUGUCUUGGAGCGCCAGGACAAGUCGAAGCGCAUCCGCUUUGUCGACAUUGCGGACAUUGACUACGACCCGAUGGCCAACAUGGGCGUGGAGUUUGAGGACGCGAUGACGACGAUCCACGCGAUCCGCCCCGACGGCCGCGUGCUGCAGGGCACCGACGCGCUGCGCGGCCUGUUCGGCACCGUCGGCCUCGGCUGGGUCGUCACGCUCAUGGAGUCCGCGAUCCUGGCCAAGCUUGUGGAUCUUAUCUAUGACUUCCUGUCUGCCAACAGGAUCAAGAUUGGGGGGGCAAUGGACGCCCUGCUGGCUGCCAAGCGCGUGACGAUGGCCAAGGCGGGCGUGGAGGUGUGCGGGGACGUGGACGGCGGCUGCGAGAUCGAGUGGUCGGAUCUGGAUGAGGACACGGUGUCGCACGUGUGA